UGCUUAAAACAUCAGCUUGAAGAACUUAAAAAAGUGAAACAAAUAACUCAAAAUUGAUUAAACAGCAUAAAAAGAAGCUACAACAUAAUAUUAACCUGCUUUUAGAAAAGGAAGAAAAAUUGGAAACAGAAAUUGAGAUUUUGAAAGAAAAUAUCCUACCUCUACAAGAGCAAGUGAAUUCUAUACAAUCAAAAAUGAAAGGCUUAACAAUGCUUGAAAGAAAAAUGAAUUCAAAUGAAGAUAUUCUAAACACUUUAAGCUUAGAUGUUAAAAGUUGUAACAUGGCAACUAGUGCAUUAAAACUAGAUUUUUGUAAGGAAACAGAUAGGAUUUCAGAUUUACAUCAAUCUACAAAUACAUUUUUUUCAAAAGCUGACAGUUCAUUUGCACAAUCUGAGAAAAAUUUUAAGGUUGUGUACACCUUACUUUCUUCCCAUCUUGUGAAGUUGGAACAAUCCAAAGAUUUAUUUCAAGCAGGUUUGGAAAAACGUAAAGAAAAUGUAAUGCAGUUUGAAACUAUGAAAGAAAGUCUCUGCAAACUGCAAUGGAAAACAAUCAAUCUGAACAUACAAAUUGAUGUGAUUCUUGCUGGAGAUGAUGGAGUUGGGAAAACAUCUACAGGAAACUCAAUCGUUGGAAGGUCCAGGUUUGGAAGGUCCCACAUCAGUGAUCAAACUAAAAUCUUUGAAGUGUUUAGCACUAAAAUUGAUGACGUAAAGCUUACAGUCACUGAUCCUCUGCCUAAAAGUUACCAACACUCCAUUAUGAGAAAAGCUGAUCCCCAAUUUAAAAGAUCUUAUGAUCCUCUCUUUAGAGUUAUUGAGGGUAAUACAUUUCAUGUGUUAAUUUAUUUGGUUAGAUUUGGUUCAGAAAAUGAUGCCUCUUUAUAUGAAGAGAUAAAAAAGAACUAUAAAGGCAAACUAUUUUACAACAAUUGCAUCAUUGUCAUGUGCGGAGGAGAUGAGUUUUAUAAACAAAAUCCUUCCUUAAAGUUUGAAAGUUGGUGUGAGAGGCAAACAGGAAUAUUUGCAAACAUGUACAAAGAUUGUAACAAAAGAGCAGUUUUGUUUGAUAAUGAAACUGACUCAGCUGGUAAUAUGAAGGAGCAACAGACUAAGUUAUUGAAAGCAAUUCUUCAACUACCAAACCAGGGAAAGACGUUUAAAAUUAUUGAUACUGAUUGGCCUUUUAAUAAAUGCGCCCAGCAAUAAUGUAAUAAAAGGCUUACAUUACCUGUCUUUUAUUUUAUGUGCGAAAACUAACUAAAUGCUAUAAAAUAUUUACAAAUGUUAAAACUACAAUUAAUAUUGCAAUUUUCAGUGUUGUUUUGUAUUUAUGUCUACUAUGUACCUUUAUAAAUAAAAGGUGGUUUACUGGUCAGCUUGUAGUCAUCAUAGUUUCAAAAAGUUAUUUCAACUGUAAUGUUGUCCGGGAUAUACCACAUUCUGAACUAUAUGUUUAACAUUAAUUAAGCUCAUUCAUUUUCCACCUACUCUAGUCAGGAACCCAUCUAAAUUUAAUUUACUAUAAAAAAUAAAAGAAUUUACCUCCCUGAAAAAUUGCACCAAUUUUCCAUUUCUCGUCGAUUUUAUGUAGUACUCAAAAAUUAUGUUUCAGCUUUCUUAUUUGAAUAGUCAACAACUCUUUUUCACUCAUGCAUUCUAUAUAGACCUACUUAUCCGGAAUUAUGUGUAUUACUGCCCUUUCUUUGUCCAGCACCUCUUAAAUGUACCUUAGUAAAUUAAUAAUCUUUUUUUUUUUUUUUUAAUAAUAAAAUAACUAAAAUAUAUCAACACAGUUAUAUUAUAAUUUUUGAUUUAACACUAAUACUUGAGAUUGAAUUAUAGUUAGAAAAACUUCUGUGUGACAACUUGUUUUAAAGAGCAUCGUAAUAGAUUAAAAUAUUUUGAUACAUAGAAGUUAUGUUGGUUUGAAUCAAGCGUUGUUUUUAUUUAA